AUGGCGCCUUCAAGAACGAAAACCGUCAAAAACAAACAUGCUGCGAAUAAAUCCGGCAUCAGUAACAGCAAAUCAUCCAAGAGUGGUCCGUCAGAUGGCAUCAUAAAGUCGAAGCCGAAAAGACCGGCGACUGCAAAACAGGUGACGGGGAAAAGCGUCUCCGGCGUACAAAAGAAGAAGAAGAGACGAGUUUACACGGAGAAGGAGCUUGGUAUCCCCGAGUUGAACAUGGUGACGCCGGUCGGAGUCACGAAACCAAGAGGAAAGAAGAAGGGCAAGGUCUUUGUGGAUGACAAGGAGAGCAUGACCACAAUCCUCGCCAUGGUGCAGGCAGACAAGGAGGGCGAGAUCGAGUCCAAGAUGACCAAGGCCCGGCAAAUGGAGGAGAUCCGCGAGGCGCGAAGGAUAGAGGCGGAGAAGAAGGAGGAGGACAAGAAGUCGAAGCUCGACGAGACCAAGGAGUCGCUGCGGAAGAAGAGGAAGCGAACGACAAAGUCCAACGACGAGGAUGGUGACGGCGUCAAGGAUGUUGCGUCUGCGGGAACGAGGGCCUUGAAACCGAAGAAGAAGAGGGUCUCGUUCGCAUAA